AUCCGUCUGCCACGGUCGUAUAAACACACAAUGCGCCCUGUCGCAAAUAAGAUUGUUUUAAAAUGACACCUGGUUCGGGGGUGCUAUUAAUACGUCGCGGCGGGAUCGACUGUCCGAACUCCCACCGUCCUCGGCCGCUGGGUAGCUUCGGUUUCCAGAAAUAAUAAUAGUCGGCUCCCUCGAUUCCUUCCACUUCCUCUGCCAUUGCUGCUUCUCGACUCCCCCAAGGUGGUUUUCAAAAUGCUUCAACGGCGGUCUCUUCGAUUGCUCUCUUCAUUAUCGUCCCCCUCUCGUCGCUGCGUAGUUCCACAACUCAGCUCACCAUUGCGAUGUCGGAGCCCGAGGGCUUACAGCAUACACGCAGAUGCGGCCGUGGGCACGAAGAUACAAGACAUUGAUCCUACGAAGCUCACAAUCGAGCGGACAACCACUCCGAAGAGCCUGCUCCCUCCGGAGCAACUCGUCUUUGGGCGCAACUUCACAGAUCAUAUGCUGUCUCUCGAAUGGACGGCUACAGAAGGAUGGCUACCAGCACGCAUUACACCGUACCAGAACCUGAGCUUAGAUCCCGCGACAUGCGUUUUCCACUAUGCAUUCGAGUGCUUCGAGGGCAUGAAGGCGUACAAAGACAAGAAUGGCAACAUUAGAUUGUUCAGGCCAGACAAGAACAUGGCGCGGUUGAACAAGUCGGCGGCCCGCAUUGCUCUACCCACCUUCGAUGGGGAUUCCCUGAUCGACCUCAUUGGCAAGCUUGUCAAGCUGGAUGAGCGGUUUAUUCCCGAGGCUCGCGGCUACUCGCUCUACCUUCGCCCGACUAUGAUCGGCACCCAGCGCACGCUCGGCGUCGGCCCCCCUGGUUCCGCGCUCCUCUAUGUCAUCGCAUCGCCUGUCGGGCCUUACUACCCUACAGGAUUCAAGGCUGUAUCAUUGGAGGCUACCGACUACGCCGUGCGCGCCUGGCCUGGCGGUGUCGGGGACAAGAAGCUUGGAGCCAACUAUGCGCCUUGCAUUGUACCGCAGAUGCAGGCGGCCAGCCGCGGAUUCCACCAGAACCUGUGGUUGUUCGGAGAGGAGGAGUACGUGACUGAGGUCGGCACCAUGAACCUCUUCGCCGCUAUCAAGAACAAGGAGACUGGCAAGCCUGAGUUGCUGACUGCGCCUCUCGACGGCACCAUUCUGGAGGGUGUCACUCGAGACUCAGUGCUCGGACUGGCGAGGGAGAGGCUGGUUCCCAAGGGUUGGGAGGUGUCGGAGCGCAAGUUUACCAUGAAGGAGCUUGCCGAUGCAGCGGACGAGGGCCGCAUGAUGGAAGUGUUUGGCGCAGGUACUGCUGCUAUUGUCAGCCCUGUGAGAAGGAUCAGCUGGAAGGGACGGUUGGUUGAGUGCGGGCUGGCAGACAACGUCGAGGCUGGACCUGUUGCGCAGCAGAUGAAGGACUGGAUGGAGGCUAUCCAGUAUGGUGACGAGGAGCAUCCCUGGAGUCACAAGGUGCUGUAGAUACCUAUCCGAAGUCUACUUAUAUCUCGGUUUGCGGGUUGGGUCUCUUGCGGCUUGUACAUACCACAUAGAGCGAUGGAUUUCAGCGGGCGUUUCUCACGCAACUACACCAUACGCAGCUUCAGCGUCAUGGAGCGUUGCCCUCUCCGAUUAUCCAUCCGCAUCCGCAUCCGUGAGAAGCUCGUGCUGUGUUGUGGUAAAUAAAAUCCGCCGCUCACGGCUUCUGCCCGGAUUAUUGUUAUUGGU